AGAAACAAAUCAUCAUCUUCUUGAUCCAAACCCAAAACCAUGGUGUCUUCAUGGAGUAUUGGCUUUGCCACAAUCGCUUUGGCAAUCCUCAUAUACCGUAUCGUCAAGUUUGUUACCCGGCCGUCGUUACCACUACCCCCGGGCCCAAAGCCGUGGCCAGUAAUAGGAAACUUACCACACUUGGGCCCGGUGCCCCACCAUGCUAUUGCAGCCCUAGCCAAAGUGCAUGGUCCUCUCAUGCAUCUUAGACUAGGGAUGGUAGACGUGGUGGUGGCCGCAUCCGCGAAAGUAGCGGAGCAGUUCUUGAAGGUGCACGACGCCAAUUUCAGUAGCAGGCCCCCAAAUGCAGGGGCAAAGUACAUAGCAUAUAACUAUCAAGAUCUUGUGUUUGCACCGUACGGACCAAGGUGGAGGAUGCUCAGGAAAAUUAGCUCUCUUCAUCUUUUCUCUGCCAAGGCUUUGGAUGAUUUCAAACACUUGCGUCAGGGAGAGGUUGCAAGAUUGACCAAGAACAUAGCAAGUAGCACAAACACAUCAAAAGCUGUGAACUUAGGACAACUGUUAAACGUAUGCACCACAAAUGCAUUGGCCAGGGUAAUGAUAGGAAGGAGAGUGUUCAAUGAUGGAAAUGGUGGGUGUGAUCCAAGAGCUGAUGAGUUCAAAUCAAUGGUGGUGGAGGUUAUGGUUUUGGCUGGAGUCUUCAACAUUGGUGACUUUAUUCCUUGUUUGGAGUGGCUAGACCUUCAAGGGGUCCAAGCCAAGAUGAAGAGAUUGCAUAAGAGGUUUGAUUCAUUCUUAACAAGCAUUGUUGAGGAGCACAAGAAGAAUCCCAACAAAAGUGAGAACCAUAAGGAUAUGUUGAGUACUUUGUUGUCACUUCAAGAGGCUUCCGACGAUAAUGAUGGCACCAAACUCACAGACACCGAGAUCAAAGCUUUGCUUCUGAAUAUGUUUACUGCGGGAACGGACACAUCAUCAAGCACUACAGAAUGGGCCAUUGCAGAACUAAUAAGGAACCCAAGAAUCAUGGGCCAAGUCCAGAAAGAAUUAGACAGUGUCGUAGGAAGGGAAAGGCACGUGACAGAAGAGGACUUGCCCAAUUUGCCAUACCUUCAAGCAGUGGUCAAAGAAACCUUCCGUUUGCACCCAUCAACCCCACUUUCCCUCCCAAGAGUGGCAGCAAAGAGCUGUGAGAUCUUCGGGUACCACAUCCCAGAGGGUGCAACGCUUUUGGUCAAUGUUUGGGCCAUAGCCCGUGAUCCAAAGGAAUGGGCUGAACCAUUGGAGUUCAGGCCCGAGAGGUUCCUAAAGGGUGGUGAGAAGGCUGAUGUUGAUGUUAGGGGGAAUGACUUUGAGGUCAUUCCCUUUGGUGCUGGCAGAAGGAUAUGUGCUGGGAUGACUCUUGGGCUUAGAAUGGUUCAACUCUUGACAGCAACCUUGGCCCACUCGUUUGAUUGGGAGCUUGAGGGUGGGCUUAAACAGGAGGACCUCAACAUGGAUGAAGCAUAUGGGCUUACCCUUCAACGAGCUUUGCCUCUUUCGGUGCAUCCAAAGCCCAGGCUUUCUUCGCAUGUUUACUCAUCAUCUGAAUAAUUCAUUAAGAUUCAAAGAGGUUCAGGCCCAAAAUAUUCACAAAAUAAAGCUUUUGAGUAUAAUAGUUUGGAAAUUCUAUGGUAAAGAUUAUAAAAACUAUACCGUAGAAUUAAGAGAGUGGAAAUUAAGGUUCACACAUAACUAUAAGGAGAGAAAUAGUGUGUUGAUUGUUUAGUAGUAAAGGAGAGAUACAUUGUGAAUAAUGAUUAUAGAGGGAUAGUUUUACCCUGUACUGUUAUUGAUGAUGUGUAAUUUUGGGCGUAUAAAUAUAGUGUGGUUAUGUUUCCUCUCCAA